GACCGAACGUACGGAACUUGCGCUCCUGUCGCCGCACCACAACCGCCUUGCAACUUUCUACAUUAAACACCCAGUACUGAGAUUUAUGCGAUUGUUUAGCGAACUGGCAGUCUGUCACCUAACUACAAAACACAUCGAAGGUGUCUUCAAAGUGCCUGCUCACAGACUCAAGAAUGUCAGGGGGAAUCUCUGCUAGCAUAGCCACCGGCAGACUGCGAGCUGAGGGAAUGGGCUCCAACGACCACGCCAUACCCUUCCUUGAGCAGGACUACGAGGCUUUGAGGCAGGAGUGUCUGGAGACGGGGUGUCUGUUCCAGGACCCCUCCUUCCUAGCCGAGCCUCCUUCUCUGGGCUUCAAGGAACUGGCCCCCUUCUCCGCCAAGACCAGGGACGUGGAAUGGAUGAGACCCACGGAGCUGACAGAUGAUCCUCAGUUCAUCCUGGGAGGAGCUACCAGAACAGACAUCUGCCAGGGAGCUCUAGGUGAUUGCUGGCUCCUAGCAGCCAUAGCCUCUCUAACCCUCAAUGAGAGGCUGCUCCACCGAGUGGUCCCUCAUGGUCAGUCCUUCCAAGAGGACUAUGCUGGGAUCUUCCACUUUCAGUUCUGGCAGUUUGGUGAGUGGGUGGACGUGGUGAUUGACGACCGGCUGCCAACGAAGAAUGGAGAGAUCAUGUUCGUUCACUCAGCCGAGGGAAAUGAGUUCUGGAGCGCCCUGCUGGAGAAGGCUUACGCCAAGUUGAAUGGUUCCUACGAGGCUCUGUCUGGAGGCAGCACCACAGAAGGCUUUGAGGACUUCACCGGCGGUGUGUCUGAGAUGUACGAGCUCCGUAAGGCUCCACGGGACCUGUACAGGAUCAUCGGCAAAGCCCUGGACAGAGGCUCCUUGCUGGGCUGCUCCAUCGACAUCACCAGUGCCUUUGACAUGGAGUCUGUGACGUUCAAGAAGCUGGUGAAAGGUCAUGCUUACUCAGUCACCGGCCUGAAGAAGGUGGACUACCAGGGUCAGGUGGAGAGGCUGAUCAGGGUGAGGAACCCCUGGGGACAGGUGGAGUGGACUGGCGCCUGGAGUGACAAUUCUCCGGAGUGGGAUGAGUUGGACCCAUCUGAGAGAGAGGACCUGCAUCUAAAGAUGGAGGAUGGAGAGUUCUGGAUGUCGUUCCAGGAGUUCCUGAGGCAGUUUUCCCGUCUGGAGAUCUGCAACCUGACGGCGGACGCUCUGAGUGAGGACGGCCUCAGCCACUGGAACACCAUCAAGUUCCACGGCAUGUGGAGACGGGGGAGUACCGCCGGGGGUUGCCGUAACCACCCCAACACGUUCUGGAUCAACCCCCAGUAUAAGAUCACUCUGCUAGAGGAGGACGACGACCCUGAGGAUGAAGAGGUGGCUUGUAGUUUCCUGGUGGCUCUGAUGCAAAAGGACAGGAGGAGGUACCGGAAACAGGGACAGGACAUGCACACCAUCGGGUUCGCCAUCUACGAGAUUCCAGAAGAGUACAGGGGCUGUCAGAACGUGCACUUAAAGAAGGACUUCUUCCUGACCCACUCAUCCUGCGCCCGCUCGGAGACCUUCGUCAACCUGAGAGAGGUCAGCAACCGUCUCAGUCUGCCUCCAGGAGAAUAUCUCAUCGUCCCCUCCACCUUCGAGUCUGGCCAGGAGGCCGACUUCGUCCUGCGAGUCUUCACUGAGAAACAGUCUGAGACAGAAGAGCUAGACGAUGAAAUCUCAGCAGAUCUGGAAGAUGAGGAUGACAUCAGUGAAGAUGACAUCGAAGACUCAUUCAAAUCAAUGUUUUCUCAGCUGGCAGGAGAGGACAUGGAGAUUUCUGUCCGCGAGCUAAGGACCAUCCUGAACAGAGUAGUGACUAGACACGAAGACCUGAAGACAGACGGCUUCAGUAUGGAGUCCUGUAGGAGCAUGGUCAGCCUCAUGGAUAAGGAUGGCACUGCCCGUCUCGGCCUGGUAGAGUUCCAGAUGCUCUGGAAUAAGAUCAGGAAGUGGUUGGUCAUCUAUAGAGAAUAUGACAUGGACAAGUCAGGAUCCAUGAGCUCCUAUGAGAUGCGACUUGCUGUGGAGUCGGCAGGUUUUAAACUGAACAACAGGCUGAAUCAGGUCCUGGUGGCUCGCUAUGCUGAGAACGAGGCCGUAGACUUUGACAACUUCAUCUGCUGUCUGGUCAAACUGGAAGCCAUGUUUAGAUCUUUCCAGCAGCUAGACAAGGAGGGAGAAGGAGUGGCUGAGAUGAACAUCACUGAGUGGCUGUAUAUGACCAUGUGUGGUUGAAGAGGACCAGUUUUCUCCCAGGAGAGGGACAGGCCGAACAGCCAACGUGCCCGGCAAGGUGCCUCUUCACUGGGCUCAUAAAGAUCUACUGUAGCCUCUUCCUCGAAACCACGAAGACCUUCC